AUAUACAGCCGUUCCUAAUGGCGUUCGAACUUUAUAGCGUGAUAUUUGCUGUUCUUUUCGCCUGUGGUUGUCUAGUUCUUCUGCUGGUGGUGCAAGCCGUUUUAGUUUCCAUGAGACUGAAGCCAAAGAAGAAUCAGAGCCCACGGCAUGGAAAGGUUGUCCUUCAUCAAAUGCCUCCAAAUUCCCGAGUUUUAAAUGUUUCUCCAUCUUGUCUAAAGCUAGAGACCUAUUUACGAAUGAACAAAAUCCCCUAUGAAAGCGACUACAGCUUUAGAAUGUCGAGCAAAGGCAAAGUGCCAUGGAUUGAAUAUAAUGGAACGUCCGUUGCGGAUUCAAACUUUAUUGUCCGUUUUCUCAACGAAGAAUUUCAAUUGGACCCCGAUGCCCAUCUGAGUGUCGAGGAAAAAGCCAUCGCGCAUACCAUGCUCGUAACACUUGAGGAGAAUACGUAUUGGACUCUGAUAUAUCAUAGCUUUGUGGCUGAUCUGGCAGAUACAAGGUCGAUGUCACCUCUAUUGGGAGUAACACCAAUUCCUCUAAAUUAUGUUGUGUCAUGGUUAGCAUCUCAUUAUCUGCGUCAGAACCUCUGGGGUCACGGAAUUGGGCGGCACUCUAGAGAGGAAAUUUACAGCAUUGCAGAGAGGGACCUAAGGGCUGUAUCACAAGUGCUAGGAACAAAGAGGUUUAUCAUGGGAAGCAAGCCAUGCCUUUUAGAUGCUGCAAUAUUUGGAUUGGUUGCAGUAUUCCUUUGGAAUGUUCCACACAGCCCACAGGCAAAACUUAUCAGGUCACAAUUGAAGAACUUGGAAGCACAUUGUUAUACCAUCAAGGAGGAGUAUUUCCCAGACUGGGAUGAAUUAAUAUUGAAAAACACAAACUCUCUUGAUUAUUAACCCUGGUUUAAUGUCCUUCAAAUCACCACUUUUGUUAACAAUAUUGACCUUCAUUAUCAAUACUCUUCCUAUCAGUACAAGUAAAUUACUAAACUUUGAUGUAACAGUUUUUUUCUUGUGAUCUUAAAACCACUUCCAAUUUUUUUGUGCCGAUUCAAGGGUAGCAUUCAGUAAAAAAUUAAUGCAACAAAGAAAUAUUCUCUUUGGUAUAAUGGUAUAUUUUCUAACUGUAUGAAAAUUUGACAGAGAGUAACAAGAGACCCCCCUUGAAUUUUCAGCAUUCCUCUCUUCUAACACCUUUCAGCUGCAUUACCAGUGUUGUCUUGACUCAACUUUGAGCUCACUGAUGAUCUGAGUCUACUGGCUCAAGCACAGGAGUGUAUGCCUCUUCUAUGUCUGAAUCUAAGUAUUCAUAAGGAUUUGCAUCUAGUUUUCUCAAGAUAUCCAACUAUACACAAUUUAUGCAAAAAAAUUAAAUAAAAUUGUGAAGUUGAAUGAGGUUCAGGUCACUGCUCCAAUUUCAACUGUU